AUGUCAGAGACAAUACAGAAUGUUGUCCAAGAGCUUUUGCAGAGAUGCGGAGACCUGUCAGAGAAGGACGAUGCGGAGCUGCUGCACUUUCUGAUUUCCGGCCUUCGCAGUUCAAAUGCAGCAGCUUCCGCAGCUGCAGCGCAAGGCCUGAUAGAUCUGAUUUCCCAAAGCGAACACAACCGAAAGGUCAUCCGGGCCUUACCGGUUACCGCUGCUGUAGCAGCUUUACACUUUCUCGGCCCAGAGCUGUCCAGCUUGGCACAGAAGCUGUCCGACGAGCUUGAUGAUGCCGUCCAACAUCUUGCACCCAUGGAGCCAGUCAAGAAUAAGCUUAGCUUUGCCCUUCCUCGGCCUCCACUGAAGGACAUGGAGCUGAAGGUCACGCUCAGUGAGGCGAAGGAAGCUGAGGUUUUGUCCAGCCAUGGGUGGCGUGUUUGGCCGGGGGCGCAGUUGUUAGCAGCCUGGUUGGUAUCUGAGCCAAGCUUUCUCGUCGGCAAGACUGUUCUGGAGGUCGGCUCAGGGCCUGGUCUUUGCGGCCUGGCUGCUGCAGUGCUUGGAGCGCGCGAAGUGAAGCUGAGCGAUCGUUGCCGAGCAGUUCGGACGGCCCUGCAGAGCAGUGUGGAGGAAAAUGGCUUGGAGAAUGUCACGGUCAUUCCCUUAGACUGGGAGGCGCCUUGUGGGCUGGACCGUUGCGAUGUCGUUUUGGCUAGUGAGGUGAUUUAUCAGAGGCCUGCGGUUGAGAUGCUGCCGAAGCUACUGCAUCAAGUGCUGAAGGAGGAAGGGGUGUUCUGCGCCUGCGAGCAGGCAGGGCGCGCUCAAGACGGCGUUAGACUGCUGCCCCUCUUUUGGGAGCAGAUGGAGGCCUUGGGAUUUCGCAGUAUCUAUACAGAGACGAAGCAAGCAGAGGGGCGGGAUGAUCAAUAUGUCCUUUUCAAGUUCGCGCUUGGAACCUCAAGGCAACGACAGCAGACGCAGUCAGACAACGUUGCCACUUCGACCAAGCCCUCUCUUUUGGCCGAGCAUGGUGCAAAAGGCAGUUCCGCACUUCAAUGUCCAGCAUCUGCCUGCUGGUGGCAGUGCCCGCCAAGAAUGAUUACAAUCGUAGGUCGGACUCGAUAG